AUGUCGUGUGCUCCUCCUUGUACUCUACUUUCUACCUCGCCUUCGCCGUCGACGACCAGCUUAGCUGAGAGCGUCUCCAGCAUCACGACGAGCACGGAUACUUCAUCACUUUCUUCAGUGUCUACAGACUCUUCGGCAUCGAGUAAACACUUGAUUCGCCCAAAUGAACACCUCGCAGUCCUUAUGGCCCGCUCCCUUUGGAAACGCGACUCGCUCUCCAACUCUUGUGACACCUUUUCUUGUUCAACCCUAUUCUCAUCCUUCGCGACAUUCCCAAGCACCUUCUCGUUCUCUACCUUUGAACGCAGACACCACUGUCGCAAAUGCGGAGGUGUAUUUUGCGCCAAAUGCACCUCGCGCACCACCCCACUACUCGAUACUCGCAAUCUACCUUUCCUUAACCCUCCGAGGAAUACUAGCGUCUACGACUAUGUGUCUGAGGGUGGAAUUGUCGAAUCGCACGCACGAGUGUGCGAUGAUUGCUGGGAUCAACUACAUGGCAUUGGCACCAGUACCCCUAACACACCGCAAACACCAGAAUUGAAGCUUAGCAUGCUGCCUAUGCCGCAGACGCUUCGCCGGUCCUCUGUUGUGUCAUCCGGUGAUACCUCACCUGCUUCGAGCACUUCUCCGCGUACUCCUCCAGAUACGCCUCUUCUAGUUGCCAGUACUCUUGCUUCCACCUCAAUCAGUCGCCGCUCCAGCGUCGUCUCUAGAGCAUCUAUUCCAGACCUACGUCGACGAGCUACGACAUUCGCUGCUCAAGCAGCAUUCCCUAAGCCCUCGGAGAGUGAUAAGCUUACCGCUGCACCCCGAGCUGAUUCAAAUCCCCUUCCCCUUGGUGAACUAUCCACAUACCCUCUGUGUCGCUCCUCCUUCCUCUGCAAAGCAUCUGGUGGAGGUCGGUGGGUUCCAAGGCCUAUUGAGGCUAAAGAGGACACCCGCAUAAUCGACACGUCAUCCUCAGACUUACUACUCUCAACCUCACCAACUUCAUCGCCCUUCACCCUCUUCUCCUUCAAUUCAGCAUCAUCCUCUCGCUCGACCUCUCCUUAUCGUUCUCGCCCCCGUGCCUCGAAAGCCAAUGAGGCUCCUACGCUCGGCAUCGGCAAAGCGCUAUGGGAAGUCGAGUGGGAGAGGAAGAUGAAGAAGGAGAAGAGAAGAAGGGAGAAUCCUGUUAUCAGAGACGGUGAGUUCUGUUACCGCGUCUAUGGUGGUGUGGGAGGGUCGAGGUCGGAUGAUGAUGAUGCAUAUGAUGUGUAUGAUAUAGAAGGCGGGUUGAAGGCUGGCACGGCAGGCAAGGAAGAAAGGAACACGACCACGACGACACUGGGAAGGAGUUUCUCGUUAUCGACUUUCUAA